AUGGCCACAGAAAUUACAACCCCGACUACAACCACAGAAGCUACAACUCCGUCACCGAAAAAUACUACAGACGUUACGACAACAGAAAUGAUCCCUGAAACUACAACACCUGCAAUAACCACAAAAGUUACAUCUAGGCUACAACCUGCAAUAAACCACAGAGGCCUACAACUUCCUGAAGUAAUAACCACAGAGGCUACAACCCCUGAAAUAACCACAGAGGCUACAACUCCUGAAAUAACCACAGAGCGCUACAACCCUGCAAUAACCACAGAGGCUACAACCCCUGAAAUAACCAGAGAGGCUACAACUGCCAAUAACCACAGAGCUGAACACCUAACACAGAGAGGCUACAACCCUGAAAUAGACACAGAGGCUACAACCCCUGAAAUAACCACAGAGGCUACAACCCAACCACAGACAACCCCUGAAAUAGCCAGAGAGGCUACAACUGCAAUAACCACAGAGGCUACAACUCCUGAAAUAACCACAGAGGCUACAACCCCUGAAAUACAGAGAGCUACAACCCCUGAAAUAACCACAGAGGCUACAACCCCUGAAACAACAGAAGCUACAACCCCUGAAAUAACCACAGAGGCUACAACCCCUGAAAUAACCACCAGACUACAACUCCUGAAAAUAACCACAGAGGCUACAACCCCUGAAAUAACCACAGAGGCUACAACCCCUGAAAUCAGAGACUACAAAAUAACCACAGAGGCUACAACCCCUGAAAUAACACAGAGACUACAAACCCCUGAAAUAACCACAGAGGCCCUUACAACCCCUGAAGAAUACAACCCCUGA